CACAUAUGCUGCUGCUACUGUUUAUUAACUGUCACUUAAUUCCUAGGUAUGUACAUAUCUACCUCAAUUACCUCGUACCCCUGCACAUUGACUCGGUACUGGUACCCCGUGUAAAUAGCCAAGUUAUCGUUACUCGUUGUGUAUUUUAUUAUUACGUGUUUUACAUUUCUAUUAUUUCAAAAAAGAUAUCUCUGCGUUGUUAGUAGGGGCCCGUAAGUAAGCAUUUCACUGUUAGUCUACACAUGUUGUAUUCAUCACACUUCGUAAACAAUUUUAUUUUAUUUGACUCUCGAAUGCUUUGGGUCCUGGAGUGGAGACUGCAGUUCGGCUUCCUCUGUUCAUGUUUGGGAGAUAGGAUGUCACUCCAUCAAGAACCGUGUCGCCAGCCUGUGCUCCUGCAGCUCUGACUGCAAACAAGCUCUGAAUUAAUGAUGGGAGCCCUACUUCUGGUAGCUAAAAGCCAGCUACCUGCUCUCCUUACUGACAAAAGUUUGAGGCCACCGCCGUUCACUGCUGAUCUCUCAUUUCAAUUGCAAUUCCAGUGUCAUUGAUUGAGCCCUAUACGACGUUGGACGUCCGAACAUAAUACCGCCACUGCACUGUAACAUCAGCACUUCAGUUGUUUUUCUUAUAGCCUAGCCUACCUCUUCAACCUCUCCUACAGCUAUUUCUCCACUGCAUCACCACAGCCCUUGCUCAUGCCCUUCAAAUUGCUCUCAAGUUUGUCCCACUCAUACCCUGCCUCUUUAGUCACUCACUACUCACUCUGUUCCUGAUCUUACCCAUUCAACACCUGCUCUGGAUAAGAGCGUCUGCUAAAUGACUAAAAUGUGGGGUGCCCGUCUAAGAGUGGUCGUGUUUCCAGGUGUGGAGCAUGUGGGCGUCCUGCUGUAACUGGUUAUGUCUGGACACUGCCACGGUGGAGGAGAGCAACAGCAGCACGCGUCACCAGGCCUAUACUAACUCAGGCUACAGCAGCUACCCGUCGCCCCCACUCCCGGACCACACGUGCAAAGCCUGCGGAAGCCGCUUCGUCACCCUAGCCAGAAAGCAUGUCUGCGUGGACUGCAAGAAGAACUACUGCGGCAGGUGUUCGGCCCAGCUUGAGCCCCGGCCGCGCCUCUGCCACACCUGCCAGCGGUUCCACGGCACGCUUUUCGAGCGCACCGAGCUGAUGAAGCUCAAGGUGAAGGACCUGCGCGACUACCUCCACCUGCACGAGGUCUCAACGCAGAUGUGCCGUGAGAAAGAGGAACUGGUGGAGCUGGUCCUGGGACAGCAGACACCGUCACCCUCUGACCCAAUCAUAAACCCUCUGACCCAAACACAGACCGCCACCCAGCAUGAGACAACUCCUCCUCCAGACCCCACCACCACACCCUCCACACACCCCGACUCCACCUCCACAGACCAUGUCCCUUCACAGCCGCCACCCACUCAGGAGGACAGUCAGACCCUGUCUGUGUUGGGUCCUGAGGAGCCACUGGACACUGAGGGAGACACAGAGCCGCAGUCCUCAGACACAGAGGAGGUGCUGGUGCCAGGCCGUAGGGCGUCGCUGUCCGACCUAGCCACGGCGGAGGACAUCGAGGCCCUCAGCGUCCGGCAGCUCAAGGAGAUCCUGGCCCGUAACUUUGUCAACUACAAGGGCUGCUGCGAGAAGUGGGAGCUAAUGGAGAGGGUCACCCGUCUCUACCACGACCAGAAGUUGCUCCAGAAUCUGGUUUCAAGUACAAAUGACGGCACAGACCCAAGUGGUACCCCUGGCCAGGAGGAGAACCUGUGUAAGAUCUGCAUGAACUCUCCCAUUGACUGUGUCCUGCUGGAGUGCGGCCACAUGGUCACCUGCACCAAGUGUGGCAAGCAGAUGAAGGAGUGCCCAAUCUGCAGGCAGUAUGUGGUACGGGCUGUUCACGUCUUUAGAUCCUGAGACCCAAGCCUUGGGAAUCCCCCCCCUCACCUCCCAUAAAUAAACAAGGGGCUUGCUACAUGUGGCCUUACCACCCAUAGACUAGACGGGGGGUAUUAAACUCUUACCCUACGAGGUCCGGAGCCUGCUGGUUUUCUGUUCUACCUGAUACUUAAUUGCACCUACCUGGUGUCCAAGGUCUAAAGCCAUCUGUUAUUAGAGGGGAACAAUGGAAAAAAAAAAGCAGUGGAACUGGCUUCGAGGUCCAGAGUUGAGUUUAAGGGGACUAGACUAACCACUUCUCCCUCCAGAUCUCCACUGCUCUGAUGGUCCUUGAGACCCUGAGUACUGGUUCCCCCUGCUGGAGGGAUGAACAGGGGCGGUGAACCCCAUUUAUCCCUUCGAUAAACCACACAAACCCAUUGACUGGACUCAUAUUUCCAAGCUGAUAACGAUAUUAUGUUGUCUUAGAAUAAGAGCGUGCCUGUAUUUAAACAGGCAAUACCAUAUGUAUUUAUUUUUCUAGUAAAUAUGGUAAGGGAUCUUAUUUUUAUAUAUAUAUAUAUUACUGAACAAAAAUAUAAAUGCAACAAUUUCAAAGAUUUUGCUGAGU